AUGAACCAAACUUUUCAAGAUGUUUAUACCAAAGUCAAUAACAAGUCCACUCGGGCUGCUCGUCCAUUUCGUGAAAUCCCCGCAGAAUUAGAUUUGAACAACAUUUAUUAUCCAAAAUACCAUAUCACUGAACUUAUCUCAACUAAGACACGACAAAGUGACUCAGACACACAUAUAAGGCGUCCUCCAAAUGGGUUCUUUCUCAUGAAGAACUGUUACAUGUUGGAAUUGAGGAAGUUGGGGUAUCGAUACACUAUGCCGGAGAUUUGCCGUCAUUCAAAAAAAAUCUGGUCCGAAUUACCCCAACAUGCGAAAAAAACUUAUGAGCGCUUAUCGAUUCAAAGUCAAUGUGUGCACAAUGAAAAAUACCCAAAUUACAAAUUUGAACCCAGAAAAAAACGGAACAAUUCCUUCAGAUCUUACACGCCCAAAACCGAGGAUCCUAUGCAAAAAAGUUUUUCUGCUUUUAGUACGACUAACAUUCUUGGUACCAGUAAUAAUCUUUCAGAUAAAGAUUUAUGUUCAUCGAAUUCUCUGCUAUCUACUGAGUCGCCUGAGUCUGAGAUUUUUAGCACCAGUAAUUUUCCUUCAGAUAAAGAUUCAUUUUCAUCGAAUUAUUUACUAUCUGAGCCUGAGAUUUUUGGUGCCUGUGAUCUUCUUUCGGAUAAAGACUCAAUUUUAUCGAAUUCUUUACUAUCUGAGUCUGAGAUAUUUGGUGUCAGUAAUCUUCCUUCAGAUAAAGACUCAAUUUUAUCGAAUUUUUUACUAUCUGAGUCUGAGAUUUCUUCAGUUAGCUCUGGUUCUAGUCCCACAAAUUCUUUAGAUUUAACUGCGCUCCAGAUGAAUUCUUCUUUAGGAGAAUUUUCUUUAGAAUCAUUCCCCUCAUCAGAAUCAAUUUCAUUAGAAAUUCAGAAGGCAUACAAACUUUGCCAUUAUCAAUUCCUUGGAAUUCUUCAAGCUAUUUAA